AUGCCGCUCCUCGACGGUACAGAAAUGGGGGAAACGCUUGAUGAGGUUGAUCAACUUGAUGUGGCCGUGACCGACGUUGCCUCGAGUCUUGGCAGAAGUCAUCAAGCGCGACUGGAACCGCGUCGAUCUUCCAUCUCGAAAGUCGUGACAAGCACCAAAUCCAAGAAAAAGCAGCACCUGCACAAGCUUGUGAAAGUCGUCACAAGUGAAGGCAUCACAACGACUGCCACCUCCCUACCCAAGUCAAUGCUCGCCAGCCGGCCGUUGCCGCUGCUCGUCUGCAGCGUCGGCAACCCAGGCUCUCAAUUCGCCAAUACCCUCCACAGCGCCGGCCACACCGUCCUCAACCGUCUCGCCGAUCGACUAGGCUAUCCCGGAUUUCACAAAGACAGGCAACACGGCAAUGGUCUCAUUAGCAAACCUUCCAUUAUCCCGGGCGGCAGCGGCGACUGGACCCUAUGGCAGAGCACGGCCUACAUGAAUGAUUCCGGCAAAGGCGUUCGAGCUGCAUACAUGGCUUGGGCGAAGAAUAUUGUCGAUGGGGAGGGACGGCUGGUGAUUGUUCAUGAUGAGCUGGAGAAGCCGCUGGGGGCUGUUACGUUGAAGACUGGACAGGGGUUGAGCGCAAAGGGACAUAAUGGACUCAAAAGCAUCAUGUCUGUCAUGGGCAACACUCCUUUUGUGAGGAUUGGUAUUGGUAUUGGGAGACCUGUUAGCAGGGAGAGCAAUGAUGUCGCUCGCUAUGUGCUGAAGAAAAUGGAUGCUGGUGAGAAGUCUGCUGUCGAGGGCUCGAUUGAUCAAGUCAUUGCCAAGUUGAAGCAAUUGGAGACUGGGUGA